CUGCCACAACAUUUUCUCCUAGCACUUUCGUUUCAGGUAUAUCUUCAACACUAUUAAUACUGUCCUUGAGACAAUAAAAAGUUCAACAGGGCAAUAUAGUCACAGUCACUCAGCCCUAAAUCCGAGUAGCCAACAGACUACUCACACAGAAUGAAGAAGAAGAAGAAGAAGUGUAGGUAGAGUAUGUGUAAUGUUGCGAAAUUAUACGACUUGGAAGAUACAUAUUUAAAGCCGGCCAACGUUUUGGUAAAAUAGUACAACACACAAUCCUGCCGGGACAGGAAGUACGAGUAAAUAAUUCUUAAUUUUAGAAUAAUCAACAAAAUGGAAUCGAUUUGUGAUUUUGGAUUCUUCGACGAUUUUCCCGACAACGCAAUACAUCCGUUGCAAAUUGAUAUUGAAGAAAGUGAACAAGAUAUUCAGCAGAAAUUAAUUGAUAACAAAACGAAUAUAUACAAACCGGCAAAAGGCGAAACGUUGCUUCACCGCGCCAUUCGAAGUGACGAUAAAACACAAAUCAAUGCCUUGAUAGGUGCAUAUUGCAACGAUUACGAUAAAGUGCGCGAUUAUCUGGUGCUCAAUUAUCAGUGGGACCCUAGUGAUAAAAUUUGGCUCAGAAAAAGUAUUUUGGUAGCAGUUCGUGAGGAGCAUUGUAAAUCGGCUAAACAGUUGGAAAACCGUCUGCUUUCGAAAGAUGACAUUAGAAAAGCAGUUUUCAUUUUACUACAAUCACCAGUACAAGGGGACCAAGUGGCUGUGAUUCAUCCAGAUAAGAAUAAUAGGCUAGCAGUAUUUCGAUUGAUUUCAAACCUGAUAGGUAAUGGGUUUCUGUCAUUCAAUAAUGUAUCCCCAGAGGUGGAUAAUCAUCAGACGUUCAUGGAAAUCGCUGCUUCAUAUGGUCGUACCAAUAUUAUUGAUCGUUUGUUUGAGCUGGGUGUGGAUAUCGCUAUUCCUGAGCAUAAUGCACUUUUGGCAGCCUUCAAACGUUCUCAGGAAAAUACCAUACGUUGGUUACUAACUAAGCAUUUCGACCAUUUCGACUGUACUAUUAGGGACAAUCAGCAAUAUAAUGCAUUGACUUUUUUAUUACAAAUGCGGAAACACAAAUUAAUAGAAUUUGUCUUACACAAGAUGAUUGCCUAUAGAGUGAAAUUCUACAAUGAAACAGAAAGUGAAGCAUUUAAUGAGAUCUUCCGUUUUGAGAAUAAAGAGUUGUCUUGUCUCUCGAUACUGACAUUUGUUGGAAAGGGGCAUUUUUUGGAAAGUAUCGAACAGUUUAUCGUAAAGUACAAACUGAACUUGUCCUACCAGUGGGAGAAUGUUACGAUACUACAACAAUUGCUGAGUCGCAAAAUAGCUCUGCAGUAUUGUUUGGAUGAAAUUCGUAAGAAUCCACAGUUGCUAGGUUUAGUUAUCUAUGGAAAUACAAUUUUGCAAGAUUUUUUCCACUGGGGAUACAUCGACUUUCUGAUGGAGAUUUACAAACUAACACCGGAAGUGAAGAAAUACUUCGAAACCGACGGUGCCUUUACCACCAUGCGGCAAGUAAUCUAUGCGGCAAACGAAGAUGCGUUGAAGUUUAUGUUGGAAAACCAUUGCACGUUUCUAAAAAGUAACACCGAAAAAUUGAGUAACGAGAUAGGAAGAGGCCUAUCGAAUAUUUCUGAUAAUUUACGCGGAAUCCUAAUGCAAUACUUUCCCGAACUUCAAACGUGUAUUGAGGAAGCAUAUGAAACAAAAUCCAAUUGCUAUUACAAAGACGAUAUCAAAACCGCAUUUCCCAAUGUGAAUAUAGAUUUUUCUGCAACUCCUAUCAAAGUGGAAAGCACAAAACCUAUGUGCGACAUUCGGGGAGUAAAUGGAGAAACUCUGAUUCAUUUGGCUGUCGAGAAGAAUGAUGCAAUUUUUUUCUCUCAACUGCUGGAAACUGGCUGCGAUCUGGAUGCUGUGGAUAACGACGGAAACCAUGCCGUGCACUACAUCUCAUGUAUCGCCAUGCUCGAUCUAUUAACCGAGCGUCAUCCGGAAGGGAAACAAUUAAUCCUCCGGAAGAACUACAAAGGAUGUUCUGUUCUGCAUAGAAUUAGUUCUCGUUAUAUAGAACGCAAAACUGCGCUGUUAGAAAGAGUGAUAAAUGAUGGAGUGGAUGUAAAUCAAGUAGACGAAAACGGCGAAUCCGCUCUUUUUGUGGCUUCAAGCUGUAACGUUUUGAAUGUAUUUUUGGAGCAUGGUGUCGAGUUGGACAUUGUGAACCACAAAGGCGAAACUGCCUUUCUCCGACAAGUACGCACUAGACAUUGCUGUAUGGUACGUGCGCUUCUAUCUCUAGUUCGAGAGUUUCCUAGUUUCAAAGAACAUGCUCACGAGUAUCUACCUUUCAUGAUGACGUCAAGAAGUCGAGACUCAUUUUAUUGCGAUUACCAGUGGUUUCUGGAGAAAUAUCCCGACACAACUAAACUUCUUUUCGAUUCAGUAUUCGAACACUCGCGGGAAGAAGCUUCUCGGUUAUUUGCCACAGCAUGUUACAAAUCGAUUAAUUUUGUAGUGGAAAAGUUCUUAGAUUAUGACUACGAUCUGGAUUACAAUUUCAAAGAUGACGACGAGUACUCCCCUAUUAUCGGGCUGCUGAGCUACAUGGAAGAAAAAAAUGAUCAUUUGGUGAAACGCUUGUUAGAAAAAGGGGUCGACCUGGAAAUGCGCAAUAACUGGGGACGCAACGCAUUACUGACACUAGUGUGGGGUUUCCGAUCUGCCAAAUGGUACGGACACAGUGUAGCCUCAGUGCAACUCUUGGUGGACCACGGAGCAAACGUCAAUGCUGCGGAUAACGAACAACAAAAUACGGCGCUUCAUUACGCUUUUUCACAAGGUGAACUGGAACUAGUAGAAAUAUUAGUUGAAAAUGGAGCCAAUUUGAAGGCUAGGAAUAAUGAUGGCAAAAUGCCGUAUCAGAUGGGAUCGCGAUUGAAUGAAGAGUUGUUUUAUUUUAUGGAUUGAACGCGUUGAGUUCUGUGGGUUCGAUGCAUUCUUGAAAAAUUUAUAGAUAGUAUUAUUCCAUUUAGGAAAUUUAAAAGAUCCAAUGAAUAUUUUUUAUGAAACGAUGUUAUGCAAGCAAUAUCGUUAUUGCACUUUAUUUGAAGGCAAUUGCCUUUUCUGUGAUAUGUUCUUUAGAACCGAAUUUAAGAAAACCAGACAGAAUAAAUUCGCGUGCCUAAAUGUACUUAAUGGCACAAUAUCGAGAA